GAUACAAACGAGAGCGAGCUCAGUAAUCCCGCGAUUAUCAGCGCAAACUGGAACGCUCUUGGGGCCUCCAGAUCUUUUUUUCUCUCUCUCUUUCUCUCUAAACUAAACCGGCACAACUAAACGCGCGCGCGCGCGCGCGAGAGAGAGAGAGAGAGGAAGAGGGCCUACGGAGAGAAAAGGACAAAGUUAAAUCUUAACGUGUUUAAUCCAAGGAGACUCGCGACCCUGAAAGUCCUUUCCUUUCCUACGGAGAGUCCAUGCAGAAGGCACUAGUUUAAGGCCAAGGUAGGUGUACACACAUGCACGGAGAUCCUACCGAGCGCAGUUCUUGCCUCGACGACGAUUCACGCAAAAAACGACUACUUCCGACUUCAAUUUUUCAGCGACGUCAAAGGGAUGAACAACAGUUGCGGAAUAUUUGGGAUUUAUCCCAAAUGGCUACGAGAUCGAGCUACUCCGAAGAAUUUCAUAGCCGUUUACGGUCUUUUGGGUACCGUGCAGGCUAUGGCUUUCAUUUAUAUCGUCGUCACCCUCACGACAUUGGAGAAAAGAUUUAAGAUACCCAGUCGUACGACAGGUUUGAUACUAUCGGGAAACGAGAUUUCUCAAAUUCUCUCUUUGAUUUUAACGUAUUACGGUGGUUCUGGUCAUCGUCCAAGAUGGAUCGCAGUGGGUGUUGGGCUAAGUGCAUUGUCCUGCCUGAUUCUUGCACUUCCACACUUUAUAUUUGGUCCUGGGAGAGACGCGAUGGCUUUGACGAAGGAAUACCUGGAUCAAACUUUGCUUAAUGCCACGACAGUACCAAGGGACAUUGCGAUUUGUCCACGAAUGAACGAACCGGAACAUUGCGAUGAUGAAGCUCUUUUAGAUGUUAGUCUUCUUCCCCGUUUGCUUGUAUUUCUCUCUCAAUUCAUCCUUGGAAUUGGCACAACUCUUUAUUACGGACUUGGUCAAACGUAUUUGGAUGACAACACGAAAAAAAAAAAUACGCCUAUGUUAUUGGGUUUCACGUUCGCCCUUCGAACCGUGGGGCCGGCGAUUGGUUUUCUUUUGGGAUACGGUUGCUUGAGUCUUUACAUUGAUCCAACCCUUCAUCCUGUUAUAACGAAGAAGGAUCCAAGAUGGUUGGGUGCUUGGUGGCUGGGAUGGAUCAUUUUAGGCGUUACCAUGGGAAUGUUCUCUAUACUGAUAGCCAUGUUUCCACGGGAUCUUCCAAGACCACGUAACACUUUGAAAAAAAAUGGUGAGUUGCCAUUGAAAUUGGAGCAAGCCCUUCAAGAAAAAUCAACGAGAUCGUCGUUGUCGAUAAAAUCGACGAAUUCAUUGAAGCAGGAACACGUGCCGACCAUGCGAGAAUUUCCAGCUGCCAUGAAACGACUUUUAACUAAUUGGUUGCUCACUUGUAACAAUCUUAGCGGUGUAUUCUAUGUUCUCGGCGCUUCUGCUUACAUCACCUUCUUGGCGAAAUAUCUCGAAGUGCAGUACAAUACAUCCGCCGCUGGUGGCACAGUUAUUGCAGGUCCGUUAUCUUUGGUGGGCAUGGUAUUAGGAUUUUUAUUAUCAGGAUUGGUAAUAAGUAAAUUCAAGCCAGGCCCUAGGCCUCUGCUCGCCUGGAACGUCCUCGUUGGUGUAUUUUUUGUCGCAGGACAAAUCUCUUUCAUUUUUCUUGGAUGCUCUGAUGUAGGAAUCGAAGGAGUCGACCUUAAAACAAUGCAAAUGAAUUUAACGUCCAAUUGCAAUGCUGCGUGCAAUUGCGAAUACGUUAAAUACGCACCGGUCUGUCACGAAGCCUCGAGCACAACUUUCUUCUCUGCCUGUCAUGCAGGAUGCCGUACGAUCGUCGACGAUAAAGAAUUUGGUAAUUGCAGUUGCGUGCCACCGAUAGAGGUCAGUUUAACAAGAGAUCAAUUAGAAGAGAAGAAAGGGAACGAAGGUUUUUUUGAAAACAAAUUCCAGCCUCUUGACGUCCGAUUAUCCACAUAUUCGGACAAGGUCCGAGCUGGUCCCUGUCCCUCCAGUUGUAACGGACCAUAUAUACUCUUCACAGUGCUCACAUGUAUCAUACAAACUCUCGCUUGUUCCGGCAAAAUCGGAAAUGUCCUUGUAAAUUAUAGAAGCGUCGAAAAAAAGGACAAAAGCUUUGCCCAGGGUGUCACGCUUAUGAUUAUUUCACUGUUCGCCUUGAUACCAGGACCAAUAAUUUACGGUGCGAUCAUCGAUUCGACCUGUUUGAUCUGGGAGGAAUCCUGCGGGACUCGAGGCAACUGUUGGUUCCAUCACAGAGAAAAUUUUCGAUAUCUCGUUAAUAUCUCGUCAGUUGGAUUUUCUAUAAUAGGAGUAUUAUUCGAUGUAGCCGUGUGCUAUCUCGGAAAAGAUUUAGAUCUUUACGGGACACUUGAGAGCGACAAACGUCGUGAAUUCAUUAAACAGGACAAUUUCGAGGAUAUCACCGACUUGAGCAAGAACAAAGUUUUUAAUGGGAACGCGAAUCAGAGGAUAGAACGCACGCCUCUAUAAUGUUCUGUGCAUUUAUAUUCAAUGUAAUGCAUUUAAGGGAAAGAAAAAGAAGAUACACUACAGAGAGAGAGAGAGAGAGAGAGAGAGAGAGAGAGAGAGAAGAUGAAGAAAAAUAUUUUGAGGAAGAACGUCUAACCGAUGAGAUGGAUCGGAUUUGUAAUCGUAGAAAAUUGUGAUUUUAUUACGAGAUCCGCUAGGUACCUGAAAAUUGCCGGGAAGAUAUCUAA